AAAAGAGAUAGCUGCUAUGAGACAAAGACAGAGCAAUCUUAUACCUUAGUGAAAGCUUACUUGGGAGUGGUUUUAACUCCUUUGGGUUUAAGAAAGAUUUUUGAUUCCCUUCUCAAAACUCAAGGCAAUGGGAAGGGAGUUUCAUUAGACCUAGGGUACCUGUCAGUUCUGUGCUGUUGGGGGAAGUUCACAAGGAAGGAAAAUCUGCAUGGAAGAAAUGGGAAGCUUCGAUGCCGGAGCUAAAGAUAAAUGAUGACAGCAACCAGCACGUUUUAACUGAAAACCCAAGGCCACAAAGAGCAGUACACCUACAACUGUUCCGACCGCCAGACUGCCUGGAUUCUCCCGACCUUGACACAAGAAAGAAUGAGUUAUUAUAGCAGCAACUAUCCCAUUGUGAAUAUGGACUCCAAGUACCCAGGUUACCCACCGGAGCACGUUAUAGCAGAAAAGAGAAGAGCCAGGCGGCGUCUGCUCCACAAAGACGGCAGUUGCAAUGUGUACUUCAAGCACAUUUUUGGAGAAUGGGGCAGCUACGUGGUGGACAUCUUCACCACGCUGGUGGACACCAAGUGGCGCCAUAUGUUUGUGAUCUUUUCUUUGUCGUACGUCCUGUCCUGGCUGAUCUUUGGCUCCAUCUUUUGGCUGAUAGCCUUCCACCACGGAGAUCUGCUGAGUGAUCCGGACAUCACUCCUUGCGUGGAUAACGUCCAUUCCUUCACGGGCGCGUUUCUAUUCUCCCUGGAGACCCAAACCACCAUCGGCUAUGGGUACCGCUGCGUCACCGAGGAAUGCUCCAUGGCCGUGCUGAUGGUGAUCCUCCAGUCCAUUCUCAGCUGCAUCAUCAAUACCUUCAUCAUUGGCGCAGCCUUGGCCAAGAUGGCAACGGCACGCAAGAGAGCCCAGACCAUUCGCUUCAGCUACUUUGCGCUCAUCGGCAUGAGAGAUGGGAAACUUUGUCUCAUGUGGCGCAUUGGAGAUUUCCGACCCAACCACGUGGUAGAAGGGACCGUCAGAGCCCAACUCCUGCGUUACACGGAAGACAGUGAGGGGCGGAUGACAAUGGCCUUCAAAGACCUGAAGUUAGUCAAUGACCAGAUCAUCCUGGUGACCCCAGUCACAAUUGUCCACGAAAUCGAUCAUGAGAGCCCCCUGUACGCUCUUGACCGGAAAGCGGUGGCCAAAGAUAACUUUGAGAUCUUGGUGACAUUUAUCUAUACCGGGGAUUCCACCGGGACAUCCCACCAAUCCAGGAGUUCCUACAUACCUCGGGAAAUUCUCUGGGGCCAUCGGUUUAAUGAUGUCUUGGAAGUGAAGAGGAAGUACUACAAGGUGAACUGCUUACAGUUCGAGGGAAGCGUGGAAGUCUACGCGCCCUUCUGCAGUGCCAAACAGCUGGAUUGGAAAGACCAGCAGCUGCAUCAUAUUGAAAAGGAGGUCCCGCCAGUGAGAGCAUCUGGGACAUCUGACACCAAGGUCAGAAGGAGGUCCUUUAGUGCAGUGGCCAUCGUCAGCAGCUGUGAGAACCCAGAGGAGACCACCAGCUGUGCCACAGAUGAGUGUAAGGAAGCCCCUUAUCAGAAAGCUCUUCUGACUUUGAAUAGGAUCUCUGUAGAAUCUCAAAUGUAGUU